AUGUUGGAAAAGGUUUAUGUGAAACUUCAGAGAAUAGUGGGAGUGAAGAAUGAAAUGGAGGAAGGGUUGUCAUGGACACUAAUACGACAUACUGACAUGAUGUCAUUUGAUGAAAUAACAGAUAUUGACUUGUUCUAUCAAUUGAUAGAGUGCAACUGUAAAAUAGGGAUUGCGUGGAGCCUCAUGGAUCAAUCUUUUGAAAAAAUAAUUGAUCGCUACACUGGUAUUAAUUUACUCAGGAGUGUGGUCUGCAAUGCCAGCUCAAAUUUGAGCAGAAUCAACUUCAGAAGCUUUUAUACAGCUAUCUUGGAGAAGGACGAUGAUAUAGUCGCAGUCGCUUCUAAUACAUGGAAAGACAAUGGCGGAAAUACCCUUUGUAACAACUGCUAA